AAUAUGGAGUUUUAUUACAAAAGUAGGCUACUUCAUUGAUUACAUGGUUGGUCAAUAUUUACAAACUCAUAUUGUUAUACCAUUAGUACUGCAUAUUGAUACAACGCACAACCCUUGCAUUAACAUAUGCUUGUUAAUAAUUAUCUAUGUUCCAGUAAACAAUAUGUCACUUGCCAAUUGCACUGCAAGCUUGCAAAAGCACUUUGCCUUAAAAAGAUGGGAGAUCAAAGAACUAUUUUACAAGAAUGGUUAAAUAAAAUACAAGCGGAACUAGAAUCAGUUGUAAAGUUUUGGACCACACAUUCACAUGAUGUUGAAAAUGGGGGAUUUUUUAACUGUCUGGAUAAAGAUGGUAAAGUAUAUGAUGAAAUAAAAUACACCUGGCUUCAAGCACGGCAGGUGUGGAUGUAUUGUAGAUUGUAUGUAGAAGUGGAACGAUUUCAUACACCCGAUAUUUUGGAAGCUGCAAGAAAUGGCGCAGAUUUUUUGCUGGAAAAGUGUCUUAUUAAACAAAAUGGUUUUACCCGCUGUCCAUUCUCUGUUGCAAAAGAUGGGGCAACUAUAAAAGUGCAACGAACUAUGUUUGCUGAGUGUUUUUAUGUUCUUGCAAUGUCCGAAAUGGGAAGAGCAUCUACAGAAGAGAAGUAUAAGGUUGCAGCAAGAGACAUGAUGCGCCAAAUUAAGCAUUGGUGUCUGGUGGAUACUGAGGGCUUAGGAAGGGAAAAUAUUCCAGGAAGUAGUUUUUCCGCUUCUUUGGCAGUGCCUUUGAUGGCUUACUGUGUGUGGGAGCAAAUGUUAACAUGUGAGAUAAACUGGAGUGAUGAUGCAGAGGUUUUGCAGAAAUGGGCACUAGAUAAAAUGUUGCAACAUAUUCAGAGAAAUGGGCAACAUGUUUUGGAGAAUGUAUCAGACUUGGGAGAGGAACUUCCAGGAUCUGCAGGUCGUUUGCAAAUACCAGGUCAUGCUAUUGAAGGUGGCUGGUUCUUGUUGCAAAAUGCGAUGAUGAAUAAGGACAAAGAACUUGCUGAAAAAGCACUGACAUCAUUUAUAAACAAACCUUUCGAGCAGGGGUGGGAUAAAGUGAACAAAGGUAUUUUCUACUUUCUUGAUGUGGAGGGGUAUUCUCCAACUCAACUUGAAUGGAACAUGAAACUGUGGUGGCCACUUAAUGAAGCAAUGAUUGCGUUUCUUAUGGCUUACCAGUACACAGCGGAUAAUAGCUAUUUAGAGAAGUUUCAAACUGUUGCUGAGUAUACAUUUGCAAAGUUCCCUGAUAAGCAGCAUGGUGGUUGGUAUGGUUACUUGGAUAACAAAGGUGAACUGACUCAUCGUUUUAAAGGUGGUCCUUGGAAAGGUUUCUUCCAUGUUCCAAGAUCUCUCUAUAUGUGUGAAAAAAUCCUAAAGAAGUUGUUGUAAAUUAUCAGGUGUUUGAAAUUGAAUAUGCAUAGCUGUAAUGAAUGUGCAUGUAAAUUGCAAUGUCUUAAAAGACAGUUUAAUUCAUGCUGUUGAUUUUUUAUGUACACUGCAAACAUUAAAGCCUUAUUGGCAUUUUAGGUCCA